UACUCGGUAGUGAAGCGGACGUAAAACAUAUCAAUCAAUCAAUCAAUAUGGAACUGUGCUCCAAAAAUCUUAUAAAAUGGUCAAUAUUUUAUUGAAGAUGUAAAAAAAUAGAAAACAACAAUUUGCAUUUACUGCGAAUCUGAAACAACAUGUCAGCCUUCACGGCCGCGGCGUGCCGACUUCUGAAUUACCGAUGUCCAAUUGCAAGUUUAGGCAUCGUCAGAAAAGCAAGAUAUAUCAUUCCUGGCAAUGGUUUCCCGUGUAAGAUAUCAACAACAUGUAACCAUUUUUCCAAUGAUGAUAAAUCUGGAGUGGAUCCGAAACAAGGUGUAAACAAGACACCAGAUGUCAAAGCCCAGAUUUUUACGCAUGACAAUGCUGUAUUUCAUGAUCAGAUUUGUAAAUCUCUGUUUGGGGACGGUGCUAAAAAUUUAUUCAGAAUGAUGUCAGAGAGUAAAAUCAGGUUCCAAGUGGUCACUGGAAAGGAUAAUAUAGAAGUUAUUGCAACAAGUGAUGAAAGGCUAGAGCAAGCAAAACAAAUAGUGGAAAAAGAAGUUGAAGAUAUAAAGAGUAAAUUGCAGAUGAAACCAAGUGCAAACACUUCAGCGUAUGAAGAAAAAGUAUUGCUCGAUUGGGAUCCUGCAGUUCCAAAAAAACAGGUCAAAGGACGAUUCAUCGGUGUGAGAGGAAACAACGUAAGACAACUCAUGAACCAGUUUGAUUCAAAGGUUUCUAUACAUUGGAGAGAAGACCAUGUAUUGAUAAAAGGGAAAGAUAAAGAGCUGGUAAAGGCUGCAACAGUACAGGUCAAAGAACAAUUAAAGGAAACCGUGGGCGAACUUGAAUCUUCUCGUUUAGUUGAAGUUGUUCCAACACCAGCAGUGCAGAAACACAGCUUCUUUACAGCAAAAGUGGAUGUCCCAAAAGAGAAUGUAAACACAAUUGUUGGUUAUAUUAUUGGUGCAAAAGGACGUAACAUACGGCACCUUGGAGACCAGGCUGGUUUUGGUCUAACGGUAUCAUCUGGUCCUGAUUACGUUGAGGUGAAAGUUAAUGAUGAGGCAAAUCUGGAGAAAGCUGUACAGUUGGUCACAAAGGAAAUUGAAGCCUUCAAGGAAAAAACUUUUGUUGUUCCAACACCAGCAGUGCAGAAACACAGCUUCUUUACAGCAAAAGUGGAUGUCCCAAAAGAGAAUGUAAAAGCAAUUGUUGGUUAUAUUAUUGGUGCAAAAGGACGUAACAUACGGCACCUUGGAGACCAGGCUGGUUUUUCUCUAACGGUAUCAUCUGGUCCUGAUUACGUUGAGGUGAAUGUUCAUGAUGAGGCAAAUCUGGAGAAAGCUGUACAGUUGGUCACAAAGGAAAUUGAAGCCUUCAAGGAAAAAAGUUUUGUUGUUCCAACACCAGCAGUGCAGAAACACAGCUUCUUUACAGCAAAAGUGGAUGUCCAGAAAGAGAAUGUAAAAGCAAUUGUUGGUUAUAUUAUUGGUGCACAAGGACGUAACAUACGGCACCUUGAAGACCAGGCUGGUUUUUCUCUAACGGUAUCAUCUGGUCCUGAUUACAUUGAGGUGAAAGUUAAUGAUGAGGCAAAUCUGGAGAAAGCUGUACAGUUGGUCACAAAGGAAAUUGAAGACUUCGAGCAAAAACAAAUUGUUGUUCCAACACCAGCAGUGCAGAAACACAGCUUCUUUACAGCAAAAGUGGAUGUCCAGAAAGAGAAUGUAAACACAAUUGUUGGUUUUAUUAUUGGUGCAAAAGGACGUAACAUACAACACCUUGAAGACCAGGCUGGUUUUUCUCUAACGGUAUCAUCUGGUCCUGAUUACAUUGAGGUGAAAGUUAAUGAUGAGGCAAAUCUGGAGAAAGCUGUACAGUUGGUGGAAAAGGAAAUUGAGCGCAUCAUCUCGAGUAAGAGUACUGUGGAACGUAGGGACACAGAUGGUGAUCCUAGCAGAGCAAGAACUAUUCAAGUUGAUGAAGGAAUGGACAUCAUUUUUAGACGUUUGAUUGGUAAAGGCGGAAGCCAUGUGAAUUAUCUCCGACAGCAGAUUGGAGUUGACUUCAGCAUCAACAAAAUGGACAUGUCUACUAUAGUGGUUGGUGUGAAUAAUCCAGGAGAUUUGGACGUAGCUGUGGAAGGGGUCACAAAGGAAAUAGAAGCCUUGAAGCAAAACCUUUCUGCGGAUAAUAAGGAUACAGCUGGUGAUCCAAGCCUAUCAAGAGUUAUUCCAAUUGAUGGCAGUUUGGACACCCUUUUUGGCCGUUUGAUCGGUAAAAAGGGAGACAAUGUGAAGCGUCUCAGAGAGCAGAUUGGAGUUAACUUCGGCAUCAACAAAACGGACAGUUCUGAUAUAGUCAUUGUUGCGAAUAAUCCAGGAGAUUUGGACGUAGCUGUGGAGGGGGUCACAAAGGAAAUAGAAGCCUUGAAGCAAAACCUUUCUGCAGAUAAUCAGGAUAUAGCUGGUGAUCCAAGCCUAUCAAGAGUUAUUCCAAUUGAUGGCAGUAUGGACAGUAUUUUCAGCCGUUUGAUCGGUAAAAAGGGAGACAAUGUGAAGCGUCUCAGAGAGCAGAUUGGAGUUAACUUCAACAUCAACAAAAUGGACACGUCUACUAUAGUCGUUGGUGUGAAUAAUCCAGCAGAUUUAGACUUAGCUGUGGAAGGGGUCAAAAGAGAUAUAGAAGCCAUUAAGCAAACAAGAUUAGGGACGGCCAGAUAUCCUCAGACAUCUAUUGACUGGUAA